GAGUUCGUUUCCCUCCUUUUAAUCCGCCAUCUUUAAAUUCUUGUUCAGUGUCGAUGGUUUGUUUUGGUAACGUUCGUGUCCGGUUUUCGGUAGUUUAGCGACAUGUCUCGCACCCCAAAACGUUCGAAACCGUCUGGGACGGAUACCGAAAUUAGCCCUGUGACGCCGACAAAUCGAAUUUUUAAGACACGAUCGCCGGAUUUCGAUAAAUCGCCGGCGAACGUUUCUUGUACCCUAUCCCCGGGGGAGAUUCGCCGUGGUCGACCCCGAGCGGAAGUUUUGAACACGUUGAUUUUACAAGGAUCUACUUCACCAAGUUCCAUCAGAUGCACUUUCUGUAAUCGCGUUUUCCCAAGGGAAAAAUCUCUUCAAGCUCAUCUCAGAACUCACACUGGUGAAAAACCAUACGCAUGUGAUUUUCCACGAUGUGCUAAACGUUUCGCGCAAUCCGGACAAUUGAAAACCCAUAAAAGACUUCAUACUGGUGAAAAGCCCUUUGUGUGUUCCGCCCCAAACUGCGAUAAACGUUACACGCAUGCGAAUCGACAUUGUCCGGAACAUCCCAAUUUCCAAUUGAAGCGAUAUACAUCGCCGGCAGCUAUGAAUAUGGAAAAAUUGACUGAUGAGGAACACUCAAUUGCCGUCCAAGAAUGGUUUGAAAGCGUUAAGCGGAAAGAGAAAAGAAAUUCGAUACAAACGACACCGAAAAAAGCAUCGCGAAGUUUAAAUAAUGGUUGGCGUAACGAAAACGUGAAUUAUUUACAAAAUCGUAAUUCCGAAAAUGCUAAUAUGGCUGCUCAAGCUUUAAUUGAACUUAGGAAAAGUCAUGUUGCUAUUGAACCUAGUUUUCCUGAUUUAAAAAUCAAACAAGUUUUUCUUCCACACGAUGAUUUUUUAUUGGAUAACGACCAAUAUAAUUGUCAAGAUUUAGCUUCAACAUCCUCCGGUUAUUCUGAUACUUCAUCUAAAGAUACGGGAGACUCAACAUCACCGCGUAGUGCGGAAGUUAGUGAGAUUCCUAAAAAACGAUGGAGACAACAGUGGGAUUUAACGCAAGAGGAUUUAGCGCAACCUUUGAAUUGGUCAGAAGAGGGUACCACGAGUGUUGUGGAAGUCGAAAAUCAAAAACGUCCAACAGUUUUGGUUCGAAAUGACAAAUUUGAAACGAACGGUGGUGGUAAAAAGCAGGUUUCUAGGUGUGAUAUGCAAGUCGCUAUGGCUUUGGUCGAAUUAAGUAACGUCGAAACGAAUAAUUAUAAUUAUUAAAAAAUAAUAAAUUUUUUUUUGAUUUUAAAAACCAGAAAAAAAUUUAUUGUUACUUUGCAGAGUUAAUAAGAUGUAGUGAAAUGAAGACUCUGUUAUAAUAAUAUAAUUAUUCUUAUUUUAAUUUAUUUCUUUUUUCUAAUAAUUUUUUUUUGUGAUAACUAUUAUUAUGACCAAACUUUUAUAACUUUUGAGUUUGUUAGUAUUGUUUAUGGUAGUUAUUAACUGAUUUGAAAAUUUUAAUGGUGUUUUUAUUUUUUACGUGCGUUUUUUUUGUAAUAAUAAUAUAAAAGAACUAAUAACCACCUUUUACGCUUCAACUUAAAUGUGAUUUAAUAUUUUUCGUUUUCCUUGCCUUGGUUAUUGGUUCAAGUAAAAAUUUCGUUUUUAUAGAAAAGAAUAAAAUGAACCUGAGUGAUAUUCAAACUGUACCAAUAAUUUAUUCCUAUAGACGCUCUGAUUUUCGACUGCUAAAAAGAUAAGAUCAGAUCAACGAAAUGAUUUUUUUUGUAACAGAUUUUGAUCAUCCUCACUUAUAAAAUUAAAUUUUAAGCAAUAUUAGAUUUUAGAACCAUCUUUUGUACAUAGAAAAACUUAAAAACUACUUGUUUACUGUGUAAACAAAUUAUUAAAUUAAUAUUAAGGAAACUUUCCCUCCCUCACCCGAAUAUUGUAGUAUAUUUAUAUAAUUAUUUAUAAAACAAUACAUCUACCCAAACAUUCCUUAAGCUAAACCGUUUCUUUUUGUUUCAUUUACUGCCGAUUUUGUUCUAGUUUGCACUGCCUCUUUGUAACAAUGUAUUGUUUUCUUUUUCCUUGCUGGUGUUUUGUGUCAGUUUUUUUUAACGGUUGAUACCAAUUAUGAAAUAUGAUUUCAUAAGUUUUUUUUUGGUACAAUCACGUUUUUGUCAAAAAAUAAAAUUUUAAAAUAUA